AUGGGUAUCGCUCAUAAAUCAUUACGUUUAACGACUCAAUGGGCAGAUCGAAAACCAACGAUAGACGAAAUAAAAAAAGAACGUGCCGCCUUAGAUCAAUGCUUACAUAGACAAUCAGAUGACAGAUCGUUAUCAGACAAAUGGGGUAUAUGCCAGGAAACGAUUGGUAAAGGUACAUCAGGUGUCGUCAAAAUAGCACACAAGUUGGAUGACUCGGGUGAGCAUUUGUACGCUGUCAAGGCAAGAGCUUAUAUUUUAGAAUUACGUAAAAAGACAAACGAGUCUUCAAAGGAUUAUAUAAAGAGACUAACGUCAGAAUACCUCAUUUCAUCCACCGUACAUCACACCAACGUUAUUCAGACCUACGACCUAUUACCUCUUAAUGACAUAUCACCUAUAUUCUGCCAAGUCAUGGAGUUUAGUGGUGGCGGAGACCUCUUUGACAUUCUUGUUGAUUCUCCGGAUGGUCUAGAGGCCCCAGAAGCAAACUGUUUUUUUAAACAGCUCAUGCGUGGGGUUGACUAUUUGCACGACAUCGGUAUAGCCCACAGAGAUUUAAAGCCAGAGAACCUACUGUUGACCGUAACCGGCUGCUUAAAGAUAUCCGACUUUGGCUCAGCUGUUUGUUUUAGAGGCACGACAAUCGAUAGUGAUGGUGAAGAAAAGAAGGACGAUUGUGAAAAGAUACACAUGGUACGUGGAUUGGUUGGAUCAGAGCCUUAUAUCGCUCCUGAAGAAUUUACACAAGAGAACUACGAUGCACGCGCAGUUGAUGUUUGGAGUUGUGGUAUUAUCUAUUUGGCACUACGUAAAGCAACUCAUCCCUGGCAGUUAGCCAAGAGUGGCGAAGACGAAGCUUAUGAUAAAUACUUGAAAUUUAGACAAUUAUUAGACGAAGAAAGAGAGAAUGCAAGAAAGGAAAGCCUCGACAUUCAAGCCAAGAAAAUAAUUUACAGAAUGUUAGACCCUCAGCCUAAGAAACGAAUUACAGCUGUAGAUGUACUAAAUAGUGAUUGGUGCGAAAAAAUUUAUUGCUGUCAGCCUAAUGAAUAG